UUCCACCACCACAGUGCGGCGCUGCAGGGGGAAAUACGUCACCGGAAGUUGCGUUCUCGUAAACGAGAAAGAUGUCUGCACUCGAUGUCCAGGAUUUUAUCCAGCAGAACCGGGCCACGGCCCAGCAGGUGGAGACGUUUCGGGGUUACUGGGAGAGCGACAAGCACUGGGAUGCGCGGAGGGAGUUCAUCCUGCGGAACAUGAGCGACUUUGAGGCGGAUCGGCUGGACCAUCUGCUGUCCCUGUCUAUGGUGUGGGCCAACAACGUCUUCAUGGGCUGCCGCUACAGCGCGGCGCUGCUGGAAAAAGUGAAGGAAAUGGCCGACGGCAUCGUGGUGGAGGACGCGCCCGUUUUCAAGACCAGAGAUGAAAUCAUUAAAAGUCAGCAGGGCCGAUGACCAGAACCGGACCCGUCGGUUCAGAACCGGAAAAGCUGAAAUGUUUACUAACAUGGACCAAGUUUUUAUGGUUUUACAAUUUAAAAAAAAAAAAAAUCAUGUAAAGAAACGGCUGUAUUUUCAGGGUAUGGGAGCAUCUCAUUGCAUAACUUUUUAUCGACUUUACUAGGAACGCACUGAUAUGAAGAUUUGUUGUGAUAUUUAAUACUGUCGGCCGAUAAUCAAUAUUAUAUACAUUUCUCAACCGUUUUGACACCUUUGGUGUAAAUAAGAACAAAUACUGGUUAAUAUCAGCCUGGUUUUAUUUACCAAGCGUAUCGAUAUGUUAAAUUAGUAAUAUCGGCCAAUGCCGAUAUAUGAUGCAUCACUAGAUUUUACUACAUUCAGUUGUUAUACAUAAAUAUGUACAUUUACAGUGAAACUGCAUGUUUUAACAUGUUUUAUAGCAGAAUAAAGAACCUUGUUUUUUUAA